CCGUCGCCGAGAAGAAGCUGGCCAUGUCCGAAGAAGACGAGGGGCGCCUCAUGGACGCGUACAACGGCCUCGAAGCCUUUCCCGAGAUCGAGGCGGCCAUGGACGUCGUCGAGCGGGACGGGUCGGUCGACGCCUACGUCUUUUCCAACGGCACCGACGACAUGGUGCGUGUGUCGAUCGGGACAUCGCCGGGGCUGGCCCGGAUGAGCCGUGCUCUCGGCCCGGGUAAGCUGGUCACGGUCGAGGAGGCGCGGUGCUUCAAGCCCGACCCGCGGACGUAUGCCCACUUUGCGGAGAAGGUCGGCAUGUCGGGCCGGGAGGACGGCAUCUGGCUCGUCAGCUCGAACCCCUUUGACGCCCUGGGCGCUCGGGCGGCCGGGUGGCGCUCGGCGUGGAUCGACAGGUCCGGGACCGGAUGGAUCGAUGGGCUGGGCGGCGUGAUCGGUACCACCCCGACGAUUGUGGCCGUGGGCGUCGACGAGGCCGUCGAGCAGAUUGUCGGACUUUCCAAACCAAGGGCGUAAAGAGUUACGGUGCUUUUUUUCUUCUUCUUGUUUGUACGAUGGUAACCCACACACAGAGAUGAAGAGAGAGAAAGUUUCUGGCGGCAGCUUGCUGUAACCCUCUCCCCACAC